AUGAAGAUCAUCCUGGAUAUCCUAAAUUUUAUCGCAAUUAUUGCUAAGAUUGCUGCGUGCUCGUUAAAUUUGUUUGUAUUGUUGCUAUUGCUAUAUGGCACGGAUCGGCAGGUUGCCCAAUCAUAUAGACGGACCUUGAUAUGGAUGAUAUCCAUCGAUUUGGCUUACAGUAUAUCUGGUCUGAUUUUUUAUCCGGUGGGCUUCUUUUGUCUUUAUAAUUGAUUCGAUAAUUUGUUCUUAGAUUAUAUUCUUUACCGGGAGUUAUCUUUACGUUAUCUACGACGUGCUUCCGGUGUUUGGUAAGGUAAUAGUGGAGAAGACCUGCUUAACAUUGCCAUCGUUCUUAACGCUGUUUCUGAUUAUGCUUUGCGUUAUUGUCCUGCCGAUUCCUUGCAUUGUUAGAUAUGUAAACCUGACCACUAAAAGAAUAAGCACUCGCCAAAUCGACGGCAUGUUUAUAUUUUGUCUGCUGAUUUCAUCAAGUUACGGAGCUUACAACGCAAGGACUGUGAAGUUGCCCGACCCCGUUUCUGAUGACAUUUUGAGUGAAAGUUAUGGAAUAAACAUGAGCGGUUCACUUUAUACAGUGACAAAUGCGGUGAGAAGGGACAACAAAGGGAAACGAAAUUUUAGACAAACUUAUCUUGCCUGAGUAAUUACGCUAUCAUUGGUAUGAUAAUGUGCAUCUAUGUCUUGAUCGUCGGUUUGUCGUGGAAGACAAAUCGCAUAAUGAAUUUGAUGGUAAACCAUUUAACAAGAGAGACUAGACGGAUGCAGGAACAGAUGAAAAAGGUCAUCUUGAUACAGGUAACAAGCACCAUCAUGCACAAUGCCCGAGACCUUUUCAAUUUCAGACUUUGUAUCCCUUCUUUAUCAUGAGUGUCCCUGCUUUAAUUCUUGAAAUUUAUCCUUAUAUGAACCUCGCAGACAUUUCACGUUAUCUCAAUUAUUAUUGCACUACCGCCCUUAUGUGGAUAUCUGUUUUCAAUCCGCUGUCGAUUAUAUUGUGCAUCCCUCAUAAUCGAAAAGCAGUCUUCAACAUGUUGACUUGUAGAGUAAUGAGACGUUCAUCCAUAUCCAGCAGUAUAGAUUCUGGAUUGGCCCGCAUUUUUAGCGGAAAAGAUCGACGAAUGUCGGCAUGGAAUUAA